GUCAAGUGAACAUGGCGUCCCUGUUUAGGCAAUGUGAAUGUAAACAAGGGCCACACAUUUGUCGCUAUAUUUAGAGUUUAAUUAUCUGACGUGUAACAGUUUUGAGUUUAGGAGCUUUAUGGCUCUCAGGGUAUGCGGUCGUUUGCUCCGAGGCGGAGCCGUCCUCUCCAGGCGGCUGGUUGGGUCUGCUCGGCUGGAAAAUGCGUCACAUCUUCUAGCUACAGGAAGCGCCGCCUGCAGCCGAGGCGGGAGGCCCGGAUUCAUCUUCACCCCCGCUUGUUUUAUUACAUCUGAAGCAUUUCUCAGCGGACUGAUGAAAGGCAAAGCAGCAGAGACUGACGGCAGCAUUCAUCACCAUCCAGCCUCAGUACCUCCAGACAGCAGUGAACAGGUAUCCUUGUUGCUGAGACAUCCAGAUCAGCCUCCUGACUCAAAGGUGUUGAGAGUGGCUAUAAUCGGAGCUCCAAAUGCCGGGAAGUCCACGCUGUCCAAUCAGCUUCUUGGCAGAAAGGUGUUUGCUGUGUCCAAGAAAGUUCACACGACUCGUUCACGCGCACUUGGUGUCCUAACGGAGACCGACACACAGAUUAUCUUGCUGGACACCCCUGGUCUCACCACACCAUCAAAAGCCAAAAGGCAUCAGCUGGAGAAAUCCCUGCUUGUGGACCCCUGGACCACCGUCAAAGAAGCUGACCUGAUGGUUGUCAUGGUGGACGUCUCAGACAGAUGGAUGUGCUCCAGGCUGGAGUUUGAGGUGCUGAAAUGUCUGGCGCAGCAUCCGCAUAUCCCAGCGAUCCUAGUCCUCAACAAGGUGGAUCUGGUGAAGGCUAAGGACAGGCUGCUGGACAUCACAGCUCAGCUGACGUGCGGAGUGGUGAACGGACGCAGAAUGCGGGUCAGGCCGGUGAUCAAGCCACCGUGGGCUCAAAAGACACCUGAGAGGGCUUCUGAGAUCCCCGCCGAUGAGGACGCCGCAGCACCUGAGGACGACGCAGAGCUGAACUCUGUGCUGAGCAAAGAGAAACUGAAGGAGCUGAGAAGUCAGCAGGGCUGGCCUCACUUUAAGGACGUCUUCAUGCUGUCGUCUGUGGACCGAGAGGAUGUGGAGACGCUGAAGAGCUACUUUCUGGUUGCAGCUAAGCCUGGAUCCUGGCAGUACCACAGUGAGGUCCUAACAGACCAGAGUCCAGAGGAGGUCUGCACUAACAUCAUCAGAGAAAAGCUGCUGGAGUAUCUUCCACAGGAAGUGCCCUACUCCAUGACGCAGUCUAUUGAACUCUGGCAAGAUGGAGAAAACGGGGAGCUGGAUAUCUCUGUGAAACUCUACACCAAGAAGGAAACUCACAUGAGGAUGGUGAUCGGCACAGCGGGGCAGAUGGUGGCACGGAUCGCCCGGGAGGCAGCGGAGGACCUCAGCAGGGUCUACCUGAGGGAAGUAAGGCUGAAGAUCUCUGCUAAGCUGAAGAAUUGAAGGAUCCUGUAGAACUAGUUCUGCUAGAUCUAUUGUUUGGUAAAGACAGAGCUUCAGCUAAAGAGGUUAUGAUCUCAUGAUGAGCCUGACUUGCUGCCGGGAGGCAGCAUAUGCUUCAUCUCCGCUCCAAGAACUGCCGCUGACCUGGCUCCCGUCUGAGGAGAGAACAUUUUACUCCUGUUUUAUUCCUGGAGGCCCUUCAUCAUUAUUUAACCUGUUUACAGGGCCGUGCUGCUGCACUCAGAGCGAUGAGAGCCCAAAUUUCAUGGAGACAAAUCUAAACGCUGCAGUAAAAAGAAACAGCUGAAGUGUUGGCAUAUUUCUAGGCUCCGAUACCUUUCUGGUAACAAACAUGACACGGCGGCUCAUCAGAUGGAUGUUUUGACACGACUUUGACGGCUCCUUCAUGGCUGAGCGGCUUUGGCAGGCUGUGAAAAGGCCGACGUUUUAUCUGUGGCUCUCAGGGCUUUUUCUUCUUCUUUUUUUUUUUUUUUGGCGGGCACAAACAGGCGCUGUAGAUAAAGUGACGGGCGAGGGCUGCACCGUCAUGUUCACUCACAUGCCCCUGAUGUACCGUCCAACCCAGCUCCCUGCGCUCCCUUCAUGGCGUUAGCCUCCUCGGCUGCCCUUUGAAGUGUAGCCAUCCAUCUCUACGACCAUCACUUUUUGUUCUGCUGCUCCCCCCCCCAUCCCGUCCCUCAGUUCAUGGCUCGCUCUGCUCUUUUGGCUCUUAUAGAGCUCAGCUCUGCCUCCGAGGGCUGCAUUGUCUCCCUAAUGGAUGGCAAAGUGGAGCACUAACUGGAUGCUAAAUUGGGUCAGAUAAUCGGGAUUAGAUUCAUCCCUGCUGCCCGUGGGUUUAACUCAGCAGUUCAGGGCAUCUUGAUGAAUAACCAGCUAGCGUCCUGAAGUCAGGGAAGGAGGGAGUUACCAACAGAAGCUGUGUCAGACCCUGAAGCUCUCUGAACAGCUGCUACCCACUGAUUUGACAGCAAAGCUCGCCAGCUUAGACGAGCCAACUGCAGUUUAAAAGCAGAAGUCAUUCAGACACAGAGAGACACUCAUGUAAGCGGGAGUCUGAUUCUUUAUUUAAGGUAAUUCUGUAAAAUUCAACAAAGCGGCGUUGCGUCGUCUCCUCCGUCGAUAUUGAGCGAAGGCCGUAGAACCCUUACCAUUACUUAAACUCAGUAAUGGUAACGGUUUAACUGCCCCCCUCGUCUGCGUGUUCGGCCCCCUCGCAGGUUCAGCUCUCCUCUGUCGCAGGCGGAGGUGGAAUGAAAACCCUGGAUAGUACAUCAUCUAUACUGUAGUGUCUCUUUAAAAAACUUACAGUAUAAGAUGAUAUCCUGUCCAGGGCACAAGACAGACCCGUAGUCCUCCUUCAGGGAUAGUUUGGAUGGAAAUCAUCUGACAACAAAUAGAUGAGCUCCUGCCUGAGCUGCUCUCACCUGUUAGCAUGUUGUCGUCUGGUUCUCUCGUCUGGCGCUCUGUCUGUUGGGCUGCGACACUUAAAGAGGGGCCCUUCAGCUCAUUAGCAUACGGCGAUGACAUCUGGGGUGGACCGGAGAGCCUUUUUUUUUCCUCCUUAUCUUCUUUCAACCUGAUUGCCACAGUCCAGUAAUGGUCCCCACCCUCUUUACAACACCCAGCAGCAGAGAGACGCUUCAACUGUAUUCAGUUUGGAAUGAUGCGUUGCUUUUGUCCUUGUGUCUCCCAUCCCUCGCCAGGUCGUUAUUGUAUAAAAAUAACUUCACUGAUAAAA